AUGGUAUUUACUUUUUUGGGAUUGGAUGAAACAUCUCAAAUCCUCCAGCCAUGGGAUUUGUUUCUCAAAUCUGUCUCUCUCAAAUCUGUCUCUAACGUGCUAACGCUGUGGCAACGCCCUGUACUCGAUAGCUCAGAAAAUCAAGUUGUAGAAUUGGAUUUCCCAAUCUCUUAUAACUCUAUCGUUGGUUGUUGCAAUGGACUGGUUUGCCUUGUACGGAACAUACAGUUUGUGUUGUGGAACCCAUCUACCAGAAUCUACAAGAAACUGCCUCACUUAGACGACUUAGACGAUAACGACGAUUACGGCCACAAUUGUGCAUUCGACAGUUGUGGGUUCGGUUGGGAUGAAUCGAGUGGCGAUUACAAGGUUUUUGCGACUGCGACUGUGACGGCCGGGGUUAGACACACCAUGGCUAUAGCUAUGAUGUAUAGCUUGAAGCAUGACUCAUGGAAGGAAGUGAAGGGUUGGGAUUCAUGGAAGAAGACGCAUGGUAUUGGUAUAGGUAGGGAUAAAAUGAGGAUGGGGAUGUUAGCAAGUGGGAGUCUUCACUGGGAGAGGUGUGAUAGAUGA